AUGAAUGCUGAUAUGCUCAUGUUUGUUGCUGCAUGUGCAGCGUGUAAGCACCUAGGGGAAAAAUGUGACGCAAAUUGCCAGUUAGCUCCAUAUUUUCCUUCUAAUGCUACAGCUGAAGAUUUUCAAAAUGUUUAUCAGAUUUUCGAAGUAGACAACAUCAUAAAGCUGCUUAAUUCUGUUCCUGAUGACCAGAAGGAAAAAACUGCUGAAACCCUAAUAUUAGAGGCUAAGAUUAGGAAGGAAAAUCCUGUACAUGGUUGCCUUGCCAUUGAAAGAAAACUGAGGGCAGAAAUUGAAGCACAUGAAAAGGAGCUUGAAAUGAUACAAAAUCAUAUUUCUUUAUGUAAGAAAAUGGCCACAUUGCAAAUGGAAGAACAACAGUCAGAAGAAGAGCUCGAUAGAUCUUCCUUGGCUUUGGUUUCUCCAUCUGAUGCUCAUUUCAGCAUGCCAGGCUCGGGGUGUUUCAGUGACAUUGAAACUCACUUUGGCGUAGCAGAUUUUCCGCUAUCUGGUGCCUCCUUAGGAAUUGCGAGGAAACCAACUGCGAUUAGGAGGUGCAGUUGA